GGGAAUCCCAAACAUGGCUUCUGGAGGAAAAAGUCAGAAAAUUCAUGUCCAUGAGAUUCCUUAUGAUAUACGGUUUGAGUUAUGUAGAAUCCUUGAUCCAAAUAACAAUUGGAAGAAAAUAGCUGGAAAAGCAGGCUUUUCAAAUGAUGACAUUGCAGUAUUUGCACUUGCGAUUCAGCGUCCUGGAUCCUCCCCAUCUGACGAGUUUCUCACUAACUGGGGACAUCGUCUUCCAACUAUCUCACAUUUCUUUAAUAUACUUGUUGACCUCCACCUUCUGCGGGAGGCUAGUCUCCUAAAACAUCUAGUGCCUGAGAAAUGUUUGCAGAGACUACCUGGUUACCAGAAAACAGAAGACUACAAGCACAGUCCAAGUGAUACAGAUAAGAGGGAGACACCUAGCAAAGAUGACCAACUUUCUCUUAGUAAAUCAGCAAAUAAAAUGGAUGAUUCUGGGUUGCCAAUGCCUCUUGACCCUGAUGAACCUCCUGAAUCUGAGAGCAGUAAUGAUCUUAACAAACCAGACUCCACAACAACAGAAACCUUAUACAAAGCAUCAGCCAAGCACAAACAGUUUGUUCCACUGAAAUCAGAAGCUGAACCUCAAGAGUGUUCAGAACACCAAACAACACAAUCCAAUAAAGUUUCUUCAACAAGCAAUCAGGAGGUACCAGUUGGUGGAUCAUCCAAUCAGAAUAGACUUGAUGGAUCAUGUUUGACCAAUCAGAACAUUUGUCACAGUGAGCCAAUUGAAUCUCUUGAUACAAACACAACUACAUAUAGAAGAGACAGUGGCAAUGUUAGCUCAAUCUACUCACAGCAUACCGAUGCUAAAGCUAGACCUAGAACUGAGAGCAUCAAAGAAACAAAUUUGCCUAAGCUACAAGCAGCAAAGGAGACCAGCACUGAUGUGUUCCAGAUACAUCCAGAUCAAUAUUUCAGCAGCAAGGAGCUGUCCCAGGCCACAGGUGGCUUCUCUACUAAGCAUGUUAUAGGGCAGGGAGGCUUUGGUACAACAUUCACAGGAAUUGUGAGGAAUACACAAGUUGCCAUAAAGAAACUCACAAUGUGGGAUGGUGCUGCUGAGCAACUGAGAAAAUUAGAAGAAUCCAAGCCUGGUAUCUUCUCCUUAUUUAGAUUACAGCAUAAUAAUAUAAUUCGCUUGUAUGGCUGUUGCCUUGAAAUGGAGUCUGUGUGUCUGGUGUAUGAGCACCUAGAGAUGGGCUCCCUGUCUGACUGUCUCCAUAAGGAGAAAAGCACAAUACCAUGGCAACAGAGGCAUAGAGUUCUCCUUGGGGUUGCUAUGGGUUUGCAGUACCUACACGAAAUGGGGGUCAUACAUGGUGACAUCAAAAGUUCCAAUAUUUUGCUGACUCCGCAGUUUGAAGUGAAACUCACAGAUUUUGGAUUGACCUGCCAUAUGGCCAAGCAGACUGAUGGCAAGACCACCCACGUGACUGUCCAAGAGAGCAAGCGGCAUAUGUUCUCCAGCAAGCACUACAUGCCACAUGAGUUCUUUCAGAGUGGUUUCAAGUUGUAUCCACAGACUGAUGUUUUCAGCUUUGGUGUGGUGGUGUACGAAAUAUGUACAGGGCAGCCAGUUUACAGUGAAAAGUUGGGUGAAUCCCUGGUUGAUUAUAUGGAGGAAAACCUGGACUUAAAAGACAAGUCAAAGUCAUUAGGGCUGAAGGACUCAACAGUCUCUGAUUGGCCAGAAGGAUGUUUCCUGGCUUUGCUUACGCUUGGAAAGGAUUGUACAGUUGCAAAAAGAAAAAACAGGCCGACAGCUUCAAAGAUCCUAGAGGAGUUGGAACAUAUCCCAAUCACUGAGCCUACAGCUCUUCCAAGUAACACCACAUUGCUAACUAAAGGAAGCUUUCAGAGUGAUCCUGGCCCUCGUAGCUUAUAUGAAACCCCACGUGAACUACAAAGCGUGCCAUCAGAGGGCAGCACUACACCAGACUCAGCAACACCAUCUAUUGGCAUCACAUCAUUGCCAAAUGCCUCUUUGGAUAAAACGUCAUUAGGUUCUGAGCCUAACAAGCACAUACCUGAGCAAACCGAGCACAUGUCCUAUCCAAUCGAGCACAUGUCUGAUGAUACCAAGCAAAUGUCUAAUCCCACCAAGUACGAGCCUGAUCCAACCAACCAUAAAAUGAGUUGUGAUUUAAUUCAGGAUUCUCCCGUAAAUCUUUUUAAUGUACAGACAGGUGAUGACCAAUCUACUCCUUCUUGUGAAGAAAUAAAGAUAAAAGGAAAGAAAAAGUCGACAAUAUUUGAAAUGUAUGAUUGUAUUGAUGAUGAAAAUCCAUUAUCAGACAGUGCAGAAGUGAACCCCCUUGAUGGUGAUGGUAUGAAAGAGCUUGUAUCUAAAACUAUUGAAUGCACAAUUGCAGACAAUGCUCUGGACAAAACCUUUGUUGCUACGACAAGUGGUGUUUCAACAAAUAUGGCCGAGAGUGAUGAAAACUCACCUGGCAAUAUUGCUAUAGCAACUGAAAACAUUUUGUCUGAAUCAUCCAAUGAAGUUUCAUCAUCUGAUGAUGUUGUUAAAGCAACCACAUUUGCAGACGACAACAAACAACACAAUCCUGCUGAUUCUACUGUGCAAGAUCCAAACUUAUCUAAAAUAAUGCGGAAAAAUAAUUUGCUCAUGAAUGAAUUCGAUAAUGCUGAUGUGCCGAGUCUAAGAGUGACUGUGCAUGAGCGAGCUCGCCGAGAUGAUGUCACACAAAGCAUCGAUGCAGAAUUAAACGAGAUGUUGAAACAAAGAUGUGCUAAGCGCAAUGAUAGAAAUGAUGACACUUGUGAAACUGUGAUAACUUCAAUGAACUUGAACAGUCCAAUAAUGAGUACCAUGUGUAAGGAUAUGUGACAACUGUUUAAACUCUGAACAGUCCCAUUUUAGUAAUCUUCACAGGAUUUUUCUUAAUUAAAAAGGUGCUUUAUCCUGUUCUGGUAGAAACAUCUCCACAUUUCACCAUAUUGCACAGGUUCUCAACAUAGUAAAGCUGUAUUUGGAUAAAAAAAAUUUAAAAAUAAAAAAAACCAACCUCAUAUUUUAUGAUAUUUAUUGAAGUAGUUGAGAUUAAAUUUAUUUAACAACCUAGCCAUUUAAUCAUGUAUUAUAUACCUAGUUGGGCAUUUGUAUGUGAGCAAUUAUGGAAAUGUUUCAUUUAUAACCAAACAAGAUCUGCUUAAUAUAAUGGUAGAACUUCCACAUAUUUCGCCAUAGUUUCAUAACUAUAAAUACUAUAGCAUGUUAAAUCAUCAUAUAUUAUGUUCAAAGGGACUGAAGAAAUGAAAAAAUAUAUUGAUAAUGUUUAUUUAAAUGUAUUUAUUGUUUCAAAGAGUUAGAAGAUACUAUAUUUAUACAAAAAGCUUCAAUUUAUUUUUCAUUUAUAUUGUAUGAAAUAUUGUACCAAUUUCUAUGUAUUAUUUGUGAAGGUAGCCUAGUCAAAGUUGUAAUGGUAAUGAAAAUCACUGUCUGUAUGUAAUCAUCACACCAUUGAAU